CUUGGGGGUUCGCAGGGGGCGAGCAGGUGUAUAAAAGAGACGACAUAUCACAACAGACAACGCAACAACACAACAACGGAAAGGACGACAGCGAGCAAACCAGGAUUCCUGAGCGUUUACGAUACUUUCUUUCUUUCUUUCUUUCUACGGUACAUGUGUAAGGCGAUGUCACAGCGGAGCGGCCCCCAUCUUCUUCUCCUCUUUGCCCUCUUCAGUGUUUUCUACUCCAGGACUCUCAGUCUGCCCUACGCAUCCAUGAGACCAACGAGACACGCAGACGGUCUUUUCACCAGCGGCUACAGCAAACUUCUGGGCCAGCUCUCAGCCAGGAGAUACUUGGAGUCUCUGAUUGGGAAGCGAGUCAAUGAUGAGCUGAUGGACGAGCCGGUCAAGCGUCACUCGGACGCCAUCUUCACAGACAACUACAGCCGCUUCCGCAAACAGAUGGCGGUCAAGAAGUACCUCAACUCGGUCUUAACGGGGAAGAGAAGUCUAGAAAAUGUCGUGACGAGCGACCAGGAAGAGUCCAGAGACGACCCCGACACCUUCCACGAGAGUUACGACGACAUCAACGUCGACCACUUGCUUAACAACUUGCAGCUGCCGCUUUGAGGAGAGGUCCCGACGUCCGGAGUCAUUGUGGUGAAAACAUCCGUUCCAGCAACAACAACAACAAAACAAUAGCAUUCACUCAAAUAUCCCAGCAAGUCUAACACACGUCCAGUGUGGUUCUUAUCUAGUUUCCAUCACUUAACACACAUAUUAAAACACCAGGCAUUUAAAGAAAAGAUCAGGAAAAGAUGUAAUGCAGAUUCUUUCCAUAUCAGUUCAUUUGGAACAAAAUUAAGGAGAUUCAAACUGAAGCGAAGUGACAUUUUGUGCCAACACUGAUUGGUGUUUGCAAUUGCUCAUAAUUCAUCCACCUUGACGCAAGGCCUCAGUUCCAGUUUUAAGUGGAGGGAAUUGUCAAAGGUCCCAAAUAGCAGUCAGUGUUAGCACAAAACCUUUAGGCUUCUGCC